AAUCUGUGGGUCAAGACCACACCUCCACAUUCACAGCCACAGCAUUAAGUAUUUAGUCCCCUGGCGAAUCUAUUGACUGUAUCUAAGCACCCCAUUUAUGAAUCACGCGCACGGCUCGAUAAAACAUCAUCUCCCAGCAAGAUGAAGCAGAAAACUUUGGGCGAUUUUCUAUUUCCAUCCUCUCCAGCACCAAUUUCACCCCCAGCACCUGUGAAGAAGAGACAGGCGAAGCGGAAGCAUAAGGUUAUCGCUCUUGACUCGGACACAAGUGACGAUCUUGCACAGGAUAGCGAUGUCGGCGCUAUAAAGUUUGAACCAGAAGUUAUUGAUGUCAGCGAUGAAGACGAUUCUCCACGCCGACCGAGUACUAGACGGCUCAAGAAAUCACUCGUUGUCACAGACAGUCUGCCAGAUGUGGCAGCAAGCGAUGACUCUCUGGAGGAUCGUAUUGGCAUACCUAUGCGAUGGAAAAGGAGCAAUAAAGGGAAGAGGAAGAGGAAAGCAAUAGCAGAUUCUGAUGAUGAAUCUCAACCGCGCAAACGAAAGUUGGUCAAGGGCGCCAGACCUCCAAGUCCUGAAGGAAGUGUUAUCGAUGAAGUCGACGAGAAUGACAUCAUUGAGUCACGUCUCCGCGCUCGCGACAAGAAAACAACAUUUCAAAAACAUCUUGAGAAGUUGAAGAGUCUCAAGGGCAAGAAACGCUCAGAGAUAGACCUUGAGCUCGAAUCCUCAGAGUCGGACGCCGAGUCACCGGAACUACCCAUCGCUUUUAGUAUGAACACCCAUCAAGAUCUUGCCCAUCAAUUCAAGAUUGUCUGCCAGUUAUUUGUCCACAUGGCUGUUCGUUCUCCUUCUGACAGACGCUCAUUCAUGAAGAAGAUGUUGGAAACGGAUACAUAUUUCUCUGUCCCACUUCAGGUAGCACGACGAAAAUUAUCUGGGAUGAAGGACUCUCUUGUCACAUCCUCGGUCUGGAAACCUCAAUUCAAGAGGCCGCUCGAAAGAUACCCCACAUUCGAAUUAGUACGAAUGAAGUUCAGUGCUCCUCAGUGUGAUGCUUGCAAUCUGGGUGGGAGAAUAUCCACACUAAUGGGCCGAGUGAGCGGCAAGCCAUAUGAUAAAUACGAUUUCGAGUCAGAGGAUGAGGAUGAGUCAUCGAGCUCAUCAGACACUGAUUCUGAUGAUAUUGGUCACAAAUCUUCUGACAAUCAAUUUUAUCUCGGCCGCUUCUGCGCUGCUCGGACACGAGUUUUCCACGAGUUCAGUCAUUGGGAGUAUCACUUGUAUCACUCUUUGCUGAGGCAAAUCGACGAAGUCCUCGAUGACAAUCGUAGUUUUGUCCGAGUCGCUUUCGCGGGGGGCAUUGAACCUCCCAAAAAUAUGCGAGAUGCAGAUAAAGUGAUGGACUGGUUUGAUCAGCGUGGAUUAAUCGAGUUCGAGUGGCAGAGAGUUCGGGAGUUGAUGGAUAAAGCCAGGAAUCUCGAAACGCACGCGAAGAGAGGAGGCGAUCAGGACGACCAGGAUAUGUAAUCUGUAUAUUAGUAUUCAUUAUCUUUGUUGUAUAAUUUGUACCAAGGUCGUUGUCUACUCGGAUCCUAUGUACAGUCACUACUCGCAUAGGGGCAGCCC